UUCAGUCUCGCUUGCAAGAUGUUGCUAGAGGUUGUCCUCAGUUUAUUGUUAAUUUACAGUGCUGGUUCGUCAAUUAUCGAUCAUAAGAUAUCGAAUCUUGAAGAAGAGCUGACUGCAGUUGAAGCUUCUCAAGUGGCAGAGGCGUUCAUUGAAGCUGGAUUAGAUGGAUUCAGACUGUUGCGAGUUCGGUACACUAAAGAGGACAUUGAUACCUGUAAUAUGGUUCUCACAAGCACCUUCGAAGUGCAACUGCAAUCGACGGGUGAAGUUUAUGAAAUCAGCAGUGACAGUAAUAUUACUGAUGCAGUUAAUUGUAAAAGCAAGCGAAAACUUGUGGAAGGUAUACAAGGAGGAAAUUUGACCAGAAUCCAGCAGUUUAUUAAAGAUCGGGAUGACACGGUUCGAUUGGUGGACAUAUCUGUUGAUCAGUUUCGAAUAGACAUGGCCGAGCUUGAGCAGAAAGAUAUUCGAAUCGUAAGUUCGAAUUAUACUUAUCAAUUUGAAUUUGAUGAAGGAGUAGACACCGAUGCUGAAUUGGUCGAACUACAUGUGCGAAUGGUCAACACAGGAAAUGAAUAUGUAGUCAACAUUGUAGGAGACAUUGAACUGUCUGGACCUAUUCACCCGAGAACAAGGCCUUACCCUCCGAAAGUUCUACUAUCGCUUCUUGGAGGAGGAAGUUAUUCCAAAAUGAAGAGAGUGAAGAAAGGUAGUUCUUAGAUUCCGAACUCAAAUAUGUACAACGCUUGUUUGUCCUAAAUCUCA